UCUAUCUAUCUAUCAUCUAUCUAUCAUCUAUGCCACUCAGAAUAACACUUCAUGCAUCUGAUGAAGCCAGACUGUAGCUCAUUAUUUAUACCAUAAUGGGUUUUCUAGCCUUGAAGGUACCACAAGACUAUUUUGUUAGUCUCCACCAGGAACAAACAAACCUGACUACCUCUCUCAAAAUCCCAUCUUCAGACCUUUACAAGAUCCAGACUUAUCUCGUCUUCCCAAUCACACAACUGUUUUACUCCUCCCUUCCCUUACUUUGUUUGCCAUCUAGCCUGAUUAAGAAUUCUAGAGAUCUGGAAAGCUUGCAAUCUAUUAAACCCCUCAAAUGUGCUUGUUGAAAUGUGAAUUAUCUCCAAGGAGCUGAAUGUUGAACCAAAUACUAUGCCAUGCACUUUCCCCCCUCUUUUUCUCUUAAAAAGUUGUGGGGGUCCUUUCAAAGCCCAGUAGUUCUGCUUGCACUCACAAAAAGUCACUUUGUUGAACACAGCAUUGACAACCCCCAUGUUCUCAGUACACGUCUCCAUGUCUCUUCCGAAAAGCUGGUUUGCUUUUAUUCUGACUUUGUUUUCCUACGUCUGACAACUCACGUUUGAACCAAGGUCGGGCGUCGAAAUUUGCCACUGUCUGAAGCAUUGGUAUAACAAUGAAAGGAACGUUCCUGGGGGAUAAUCCAUUAAAUUAGGGAGUACUGGAAAUCCAAUUUAACACUCAUCGCUAGGAAGAUGAAACAAAUUGUGACAGCAAGGAUGUGGCAUUGGAAUGGAUACCAAAAUUAACCGGAGAUCAAAAAGCAAAACCCUGAAGAUAGAUUGAGUGUCAACUCACUCUCCACACUUAACAUAACAAAAACAAGUCUACCUGUGAGUUAGUAAAGUAAGAACGGCUUUGCAGUUACAAAAAACAGUCUACAGUGGUGAUGGUGAAUACAUUCCUAAAUGGUGCAGGGGGGAUUGAGGUGACUACUAGCCAAUAUGCCUAUGUCCUAUGGAGGGGAAAUUGAUCUGACUUGUGUGCAUGAAUUGGCUGGACACCUGGAUUCAAAAUGCAGGGCUUUGCACAGUAGGAGAGAGCCCCAGGAGAGUUAAAAACACCCUCUGAGUUAACCAGCAACAAAGCAUGGAAUAUAAGUUUCAUUUUGCAUAUCCCAUUUAGUCUGCCUCAAAACACUUGCCCCCCCCCCCAGUAAUGAGCUUAUCACGCACUGUUAAGUCAGUUUAGAAUGCUUUACAGUGGUACCUCUGGUUAAGAACUUAAUUCGUUCCGGAGGUCCGUUCUUAACCUGAAACUGUUCUUAACCUGAAGUACCACUUUAGCUAAUGGGGCCUCCUCCUGCUGCCACGCCACCGGAGCACAAUUUCUGUUCUCAUCCUGAAGCAAAGUUCUUAACCCGAGGUACUAUUUCUGGGUCAGCAGAGUCUGUAACCUGAAGCGUUUGUAACCUGAAGCAUUUGUAACCUGAAGCGUUUGUAACCCGAGGUACCACUGUACUUACUAAAUUCAAAGGUCUGUUUCAUAUGUUAUUCUAUGCAGCAGCAAGGAGAGCACAGGUCAAUUGCUCCUGGGUGCAGAAUACAUCAAUCAGUUUCAAAUAUAUGGUUUUGUGGUUUUAUAUCUUGAUUUUAUUCUAUAAACAGCCCUGAGACCCCCGGGUAUAGGGUGGUAUAUAAAUUCAAUAAAUAAUUAAAUAAUUAAAUAAAAUAAGUAGUCUGAAUCUUAAGCAAGUUCAGAUACGUCCAUCCUGGUGGACUACAUGGUGUGAAGAGAGACAAAGGAAGAGAAGCAGCUUCACUUCCUCUCUCAUGGAAGCAAGGGGACGUGGCCUAGUCAAGUUUAGGAACAUAACUUUAUGGUCUUAACUCUUUCACACACUAACUAGGAGCAAUUUCCCACAUGUCCUGCCUCCCCUUGUCAGUGGCAGUAUGCCUCUGUUUAUCAAUUGAGGGGAGUCACCAGUGGGGAGAAUAGGGGGGUUACCUAUAGGGGCUUCCCAUAGGCUUCUGGUAGACCCCUAUUGAGAACAGGAUGCCAGCCUACACGUGCCAUUGGUCCAACCCAGAAGGGCUUUUCUUAUGGUCUUAAAGUGGUGGACAAUCCACCAUAUGCAACACCCCUCUGGGAACAAAGGGAAAUUGGAUCCAGUCGAUCAAAGGCCAUCUUACAUCACGCCUGUCUUGCCCUCAUAACACCCUGGUUCAGGGCCAAACACUUGCUGCUACAGGUGGGACUGUCGCAGGUUGCUAAAGUAUAGGUAUGCUGACACAGGUUUCUAAAGUAUAGGUAAAAGGUAGAGGACCCCUGGGCGGUUAGGUCCAGUCAAAGGCACUCAUCUCCCUUUCAAGCCCAAUGGAAUGCAAGUGACACUGUGGUCUAAACCACUGAGCCUCUUGGGCUUGCCGGUCAGAAGGUCAGUGGUUUGAAUCCCUGUGAUGGUGUUGAGCUCCUGUUGCUCUGUCCCAGCUCCUGCCAACCUAGCAGUUUGAAGACAUACCAGUGCAAGUAGAUAAAUAGGUACCACUGUGGUGGGAAGGUAAACGGUGUUUCUGUGUGCUCUGGUUUCUGUCACGGUGUCCCGUUGUGCCAGAAGCGGUUUAGUCAUGCUGGCCACAUGACCCGGAAAGCUGUCUGUGGACAAACGCCGGCUCCCUCGGCCUGAAAAGCAGGAUGAGCACCGCAACCCCAGAGUCGCCUUUGACUGGACUUAACCAUCCAGGGGUCCUUUACCUUUUUUAUAAAGUAUAGCAGGGCUUCUAUGGGAGCUAGAGGGUUUCCAUGGCCUAACAAAACUCUAAUCCAUCAGCAGAGAGGAAUUUCAUUCCUAGCCACUUCCAGACAGUAGAUUUGGACAUCAGGAUUUCUCAGUUUGUGUCCCUGCACCCAAUAUUGAUCCCUUUUCUUUGUUACUAAGUGGAAGAGCUAAUUGGUAGAAGGGUUUGUGGCUCGACUCCAGAUAACAGACAGGCUUCUAAAACACCUUGGGUAUAGAAAAGGGUGUGUCGUUGUUUUUGCAUUGCAAUUAUCUGCGAUAUUUGGGAAGCUUUAGAUUGCAGGAGUGAUGCGAUUUAAAACAUGUGUUUAAAUGAAUUCCAAGUACUAAGCUCCGGUGCUGUUUACUCAGAGUGAUUAUGAUUGACAGCUCAGAGCUGCUUACCUUGACAAGGUGAGAACUGGCAAAGGCACAUCUCACGUUUUCCUACUGGAGAGACUUGUGGAUGCAUGAAAUGGCUUCUAUUCCAGCCAGGUUACUUCAUAGUGGAAUUCACAAGAUAUAAAAUCUCUCAACCACCCCGACCACUGACAGUCACAUCCUUUACUGCCAACCUGACUACUCUUAGCUGUCAAUCACAAUCACUCCGAGUAAUGCAUUAUACGUAGGGCUGUCUCUGAAGACGGUUCGGAAACUUCAGCUAGUGCAGAAUUCAGCGGCCAGGUUGCUCACCGGAGCAAGACAGUUUGAGCAUAUUACACCUAUCCUGGUUUGACUGCACUGGCUACCAAUUUCCGGGGCCAAUUCAAAGUGCUGGUUUUGACCUAUAAAAGCUUAAACGGCUCAGGACUCCAAUACUCUAUAUGAACCUACCCAGACCCUAAGAUCAUCUUCUGAGGCCCUUCUCCAUAUGCCUCCUCCUCAAGAGGUCUGAAGGUUGGCAACACGAGAACAGGCCUUCUCUGCAGUGGCUCCCCAUCUGUGGAAUGUUCUCCCUAGGGAUGUUCGCCUGGUGCCUUCGUUAUACACCUUUAGGCACCAGGCAAAAACGCACCAGGCCUUUUUUGAUCCGAUUUACAUCCUAUGCCCUAUGCGGUAUAUAAAUUCAAACACAACAACAACAACAACAACAACAACAACAACAACAACAACAACCACCAGCAUGAGAGCUUAGUACUUGGAGUUGCCAGAGGGUAGAAAGCUUAGUAGAUAGCUCAGGACCAGCUUCAGCCCCCUAAAGUCUGUCGUGAAAAUCCUUGCCAAUUAGUGUAGAAAAUACAGAGUUGGUGGUGCAGAAAAGUCUGUCUCUGUAUUAAGGCAGCUUCUGUCCAUUCUCAGACGGACUUCACCUCAGGUGUCAAAGGUUUUGAACCCAAAGUUGUCAACCCUAGGCCUCUAUCCAUUUUAUUUCUUUUUAAAAAAAGAACAUCAAAUUAAAUGACUCUAAGCUACGACUCAUAAGUGUAACUGAUACCUUGGGUUUCUUGCUAUAGAAUUAAGAACCGGUUUUGUAGCAUACUUGAUAGGCACAUGUGAUACACCCUCUUACCGGGUGCUUUUAUUGGUCUUCAGCUUUCCCUUUUGCAUGGAAAGUUUUUAGUAAGGCUGCUCUGGGCAGAGCCUCUCUUAAUAAACAGCAAAAAGAGUCCACAUUGUGCUCCUGGGCGGGGAGGGGGAAGGCUCCCUUUUAUUCAGCGAAGAAGCAAACAAUGUUUUGGUCUCUUCUCCAAGUACAGGUAUGUCUUGCGGUUGCCAGACCUCAGGCCGGGAACCUGUCUCAGGUCGUCUCAGUUCCACCAUGGCAACUCUAGCAUAUGCCACACCAAUUCCACCCGGUCAUUUUGAUACAUUGUCACCCUAUUUACAAAAUUUAAAAAUUCCCAAAUACAGACACACUUUCACUUACGCGAGAUUGAAUAUGCUGCCUUCGGCUGUACUUGAGGGUCAAUUUACAAAAACCCUGGGAAAACGCUUAUGUCCAUGUGGAGAUGGCAGUAUUGAAUCAGUGGCCCACUUCUGGCUUGCACUCUUGAUAAAGAUUUGAGGAGUGAGGUUAUUAUUACCUCUCUACUAUACAGUGGAACCUCGGUUUAUGAACGCCUCGGUUUAUGAAUUUUCGGUUUAUGAACGCCGCGGACCCAUCUGGAACGGAUUAAUUCACUUUCCAUUACUUUUAAUGGGAAAGUUCGCUUCAGUUUAUGAACGCUUCAGUUUAUGAACAGACUUCCGGAACCAAUUACACCCAUGUUUCAGUUUAUGAACGCUUCAGUUUAAGUACUUCGCGGACCUGUGUGGAACGGAUUAAUCCACUUUCCAUUACUUUCAAUGGAAAAGUUCGCUUCAGUUUAUGAACGCUUCAGUUUAUGAACAGACUUCCGGAACCAAUUGUGUUCAUAAACCGAGGUACCACUGUACUACUGUCCAAGCCAGGUCACUCAGCCAUUGCUAAAGUGUCCUUUCUUCUUGCAGAUCAAGAUAACCAGGCAACAGCAAAAACUGCAAAAAAUUUAGUAGGGGAAUCAGAACAAGAUCUAUUAUUUGAUUUUUGGUGUAAACCUCCGGAGUGCAUUUUGCAUAGUUAAGUUUUUACCUCUAUCUUCAGCACAUUGUAUUUUAUUUUAUUUUAUUGCUAGUGCUAGGGACUGGUGCAAAUAAAGAUUCUUCCGAUUCUGCCACACCCAUCCCAGUCGUGCCCCCCAGCAGGUGCUAUUUGCACACAUAUAUGUUUAAGACAUAUUUUAACAUAAUGGGUAGAAGAGGCCCUUUUAGAAGGAGAGAGAUGCACCAGACCUCUGCAAUCCUUGGCCUUGCUAAUCUCCAGUGGACCGAAACUUCUUUUAAGAGUUUUCACCUAGCAGGCAGAGCUGGGAAUAACCUCUGCAUCCCCUUCCUCUGGAGACAAGUAUGGUUCAGCUGAAGCUUUCAUGCAUCCUUGCAAAACACGCAGGCGGAAAUACUCUACCCCCUAAAGUGUUAAUCUUCAAAACAGAAAUGUUUCUUUUCUCCUGUGGUUAAGUUAUGACAACUUGCUGAGGCAGGCAACAUUGUGGUAUGAGAGAAUUACAAAUGUUCGACAAAGAGCAGCUAGCAUGUAACCUUUAGGCAUCUAAGGAAUUUGCUGUUUCCAGGUUACACUAUCAAAAUUGGUAGGGUCUAGUCGCACUUUCUGCACAUCGGGGUAUCAAAAUUAAAUGAGGUUGUAUUCAGACUGGUGGCACAAUCUCAACCAUGUCUGCUCAUCUUGGUUGCUCCCAGCACUUGCAUCAGAAACUUGACAUAGCUGCAGAGCAUCUAUUAUUAUUAUUAUUAUUAUUAUUAUUAUUAUUAUUAUUAUUAUUAUUAUACUGCCCUAUACCUGGGGGUCUCAGGGCAGUUCACAGAAUAAAAUCAAGAUAUAAAACCACAAAAUACAAGUGGGAUGGGAGAGACAUUCUGUGGCCAGCUCAUACAACAUAUUCCCUAAGCUCAGAUCCACAUCAUUGUCUAAAUGUCUUGCAAUCUAUCCUCCCUUCUGCCAUAUAGUGGUAUCUCUGGUCUUUUCAAUGGAAACUACAAGUAAGUCAACAAUUAUGAAAUCAUAGAGUUUAAUACUUUUGUUUCUGUCCAGAGGAACAUUGGGUGGCUUAAUAUCUCUGUGAAGGAUUUUCAAGUUUUCUUUUGUGUAGUGCUUUUGAAGUUGUUAAAGUGAUUUUACCAAGAAUGCUAGACUGACAAUUCAUCCUAAUACACUAUGUAUAUCUUUUCAAACUCUAGUGAACAGGGUACCGGUAGCUAUGAGCUCCAUACACAAGAGUGCUCUAUAAAAUUGAACGAUAGACAGCCGCAACUUCGCAAAACUACAUCCAAAUCUAUUAAAACCUGUUUCUAUUUCCUUUUCAUUGGCUGUUAGUUGCAUUCUUCUAAUGGCCCUAAUUUUGCCCACUUUUAAACUUUUACAGGACAGCCAGGAGCCUUAGGUAUAAAAGGGGUGCACUUUUUCAUAACCUACAGCAACUUUUAAUAGUUACGCUGGAGCAUUAACAAGCAAUGCACACAUUAGGCAUCAUUCAGUUCCAAGUUAAUAAAAAGAGAGUGUGGAAAUAUGGUAACAAUGUGUUCCCAAAAGGCAAGGUUGUAAAUAAAAUUAUUGGGAUGAAUAUUACAAUUGUGGGGGAAGCAAUUUUAUUCAUUCUGUCUGAGCAACCUAUAUCAUCUGGAUUUGGCAAAUUUUAGAAAAUCGAUUUUUAAAUUUCCAAUUCUUCCUUUCUGCUUUCAGCGAAAAUCCUCUUGGCAAUUCAUGCAUGUUCCAUUCUGAUUGUUCUUAAAGCUGAGCCUAUCCAAACACCCUUUCCUAAUCUAUUUAGGAAUCCCUGAAAGCUUGUCAUUGACACCCAAGCAUGGCUUCCAGACUUGUGAACUACAGUUGGUUCGGACAACAAGCUUUUGUGCAACAAACUCGUUUCACCCAGAAGAUCGAACUUUUUUGUGAUAAGGAGAGAGAUUGGGGAAUACACUGGGAAUUGUAGAUAGAUAGCACUUGCUUUAAGGCAAUGGUGUCUAGCCUUCUUGCAAACAGGUCAGGAGGAAUGCUCAAUAAACAUAUCUCCUGAAAGCACCCAAAAUGUGUGGCAGAAGAUUCUGGUGCAUGAUCUGGGGCACUCACUAUAAAUAAAAACUUAAUAAACUUUUGUCUGUGCCACAAUGGUAUUUCCAAGUGCACCUCUGGCUUUCUCCUAUAUAUUUUAAAGGUAAAAAGGUAAAGGACCCCUGGGCGGUUAAGUCCAAUUUUAAGUCCUCAUCUUGCUUCAGACCGAGAGAGCUGGCGUUUGUCUGUCACGGGGUUCAAACUGCUGACCUUCUGAUCAGCAAGCCCAAGAUGCUAGGUGGUUUAGACCACAGUGCUGCCACGAACCCGACAGAAAAAAUGUAAAGCAUUUGCACGGGGGCAAAACCUGAUCAUUGCUAACAGAAGCUGUUAGUUGGGCUGCAACUAAUUCCUCAGCAAUGUAAGAAACUUCCCGUGACACCUCCCACUUGAGCAUUUUGCUAGGAAUACAACAUUUAUGUAUGCUCAAAAGCUUUAGCAAUUUCUCCACAUAGCACAGCGGGGGGGGGGUGCCCAAGUGAGUGUCUUGACUGUGGGCCAUUUGAUGAAUUCAAAUGUCCAAGUCUCUUAACAAGUAUGCUUGACCGAUGUGUAAUCUAAGCAUCAUUUGGGGAUGUGGGUGACACUGUGGUCUAAUCCACUGAGCCUCUUGGGCUUGCUGAUCAGAAGGUCGGUGGUUCAAAUUGUCGGGUCAGCCGGGGGCAGGAAUGAUCCACAGGCAUAAUGCAGGAAUGAAUCCAGCCUGUCUUUCCCAUCAGCGUUCAGCGUGCAGCUCUAGGGAGUUACGACAGCCCUUCCCGACGAUUUAUUACAACUCAUGUCUUGGAGACACUGAGCACAUAUUCAGAGUCCAGCAGAGAUAAAACGCGGAUGAAGCCAGGCUGAGGUUGUGUACUAAAAGCUCAUUUAAUAAGCGUAAGGCAGAACAAAAGAAAAACAUGUCUCCUCUCACUGAGAGAAGUGUGAAGAAAAAAACAAACGGAAACAAGAAUACAGCAAACAUCCGCUCCCGUGAUUCCAACAAUCUUUGCUAGAAUGCAUAACACAGGCAUGUGACCUGCACAGUGAGAGGAAUAGAAACCUAACAUGAUUCCCCAUAACAGGGUGAGCUCCUGUUGCUCUGUCCCAGCUCCUGCCAACCUAGCAGUUCGAAAGCAUACCAGUGCAAGUAGAUAAAUAGGUACCGCUGUGGUGGGUAGGUAAACAACAUUUCUGUGCGCUCUGGUUUCUGUCACGGUGUCCUGUUGCGCCAGAAGCGGUUUAGUUAUGCUCGCCACAUGACCCAGAAAGCUGUCUGCGGACAAAUGCCGGCUCCCUCGACCUGAAAAGUGAGACGAGUGCAGUACCCCAUAGUUAGCUUUGACUGGACUUAACCACCCAGGGGUCCUUUUUUACCAGAAGCGGUUUAGUCAUGCUGGCCACAUGACCCAGAAAGCUGUCUGUGAAAGCUGUCCCUCUGCCUGAAAGCAAGAUGAACGCCACAACCCCAUAGUUGCCUUUGAUUGGACUUAACUGCCCAGGGGGUCCUUUACCUUUUAACCUAAGCAUCGUUUAUAUAUUCGACCACACAAAAAUGUGCUUUUGCAUGUGUUACCCUCCCUCCUCCCGUUUUUAAAAGCCUGCGUGCACCACAAAAAAAAAAAAUACAGCAAGCCCAUUGUAUCAGUUUAAAUGGACAAUCUUAAAAGUGUUCACCUUGGGGAAAGGAGUAAAUUGAGUUUGUUGCCAUAAUACUGGCCAAGCUAGGAACAGCACUGUUACUGUGCCCUUCGUGCCUCCCAGGCAAGCUGGGCUUGGCAAGCUAUAAACUUUCCUGAAAACUGAAAGGUGUUCUCCCCUCACCCACCCUCAAGUUCCUUUACUUCCAGGUUGCGCUCUUCCAAUAAAGAACUGCUGCUCUAAAUGUGCCCCCCUUCCAAUGGCAAUAUGGUGCAACACCGCAGCACAUGUCGGAACCGGUUGGACAGCUUCAAGGAAGGAGAUAUUGUGAAAUGAACUUUUCUGCACCCGCCAGAUAUGUGAAGAUUAAACUGCAGGACAGCCACUGUUGAGAGAGAACCUAGAUUUCUGAAUCAGAUCCUGCACGACCAUUAAAAUAUGCUAGAGGAGUGAAUGCAAACAGAUACUUCACAUUCUAAAUAUUUCGCCAUCGCAGGAGCUUGAAUCGUCAAAUGGCAGAGUUGGAAGGGACCACACAAGGCUCAUCUAGUCCAACCCCUUGCAAUGCAGGAAUAUUUUGCCCAAUGUGGGACUCGAACCCACAACCCUGAGAUUCAGAGGCUCAUGCUCUACCAACUGCACUAGGAAUAUUCCCUUAAGAGAGAAGGCCAAUGUUUUACUUUGCUAUCCAUGUUUGGAUUUAAUUCCCUGCUUUUGGUUUUCACUGUGCUGGGCAGGAUCUGUAAAAGGUGGAGGAAAUUUAAACCAAAGUGGGAGAGAGAGAGUCGCUGCCAAAAGCAUCGUACCCAGUUGUCAUAAUGGAACUUGAGCAGAGUCAUCUACACCUUUUCUUACUUUUGCUGCUUUAAGUUACCUGACUUUUGUUUUGAAAUUUCACUACUGGGAGCCCAGACCCAAAUGCCCCGAAUAUGUUUGCAACCCCCCUUGCCUCCACAGCCAGAUUUCAAGGUACGUCUUACCCGUAACUUCUUUUUUCGGGGGGUGGGGAUAUGUCGUUUCUUAUUCAAACCUCAUCCAAUAAAAACACUGGCCAUUACUGAUCCAUGGCUAGAGGUUUUCCUGUCAAGGACUUGGCUGACGGGGCAGAAGGAACCAAUUGCCUGAGUGUGAAGCCGGCAACCGGGUAGAGUCUGGCUCAGCCCUAAAACUCAGACACAACUUCUGUAAUCUUAUAGGCAAGAGCUGCCCUUUUAUCUGCAAUUGUGAAGGCCAUUGAGACAAAAACCAUGCAGGGGAACACAAAAGCAGACAGCUCUGAGUUGGGAAGGCUUCAGCAGAAAAACAACAGCUCAUGUCAGGGUAGAGACACAAAUUCCAGGGGUAGUGUGUUGACCUGAGCCGACCCAGGAGCUGUUUAUAGGAUCGGCAGCCAUUCAAAUCCGGGAAGAUUGUUGCAACAGCAAAAAGAGGAUCUGUCGGGACUCAAGCCCAAAGAGGUCCUGAUCCUGGGACCUAGUGGGGUGUUUGGCAGGGAUGGAGACCAGAGUAUAGCAAAGUCACAUGACAUGGCAAUGUUUAUGCGUAUGGUUAGGCUGAAAUUUUAUUUUCAUUUUUGACCUGGCUUCAUUAUAAUUACUGGAGAAUCGUUACAGUUGAUUCCUGUUCCUUUCAGGGUGGCUGGUUAGAUGAGUUUGGUGUGAAAAUCCUCUUCCAGCACCAAGACACAGGAAUUCCAUGUUGAAUGCGUCCUGUUCAAAAUGCUUUGCAUUUAAACGGUAGUCACACUGAGCAAAAGUUUUUUGAGGAGGUGAAAAGCACAUGUGUUCCAAGAGGUAGAAAUGUACAUCUGGACUCAAAGCAUGCAAAUGAAGGUGAUCCCCAAAGAAACCAAAACAACGUGCACAUUUAACCUUAUUUCUUGCUUAGUAACUUGACUCAGCUACGCAGCUGAAAAUAAAAUGUUUUAAGUGUGUUGCAAAGUGCAAUACACAAAUGUGACACUAGAUGGUGAUGGCGAGCUAUGGUAAAUCCAAUGUAUUUUGCAAAACUUUUUUUAAAGCAUUUUGGCAGCGUUUUUUUAUAUGUGCUUCGAUUCCACCACUGUUUCCUGAUUUAUCUGCAUUUGUUUGAAAAAGCCACUUCCAUUAAGCGUGGGGACUUUUCAGAUUUUCAUAGCUGUUUCACCACAGUAUCAGUGCACACACUAUUCUGGGGUUAUAUCAAGCUUUCAAUACUAAAUUAUAGCAGGAUAUCGCUCAUAGCCCUGUGCUGCCAGCCACGGCAGAGCUCAGUGGAGGGAGAAGCCAGCCAGCCAGCCGAGACUCAGGGGGCACUUGCUUGGAGGCAGAGUCCGUAUGCACAAUUCAGCCCAGUCCUAAGGUCAGGAGUAUCUCAGAUGAUCCAGGGGGUCAAGAAAGCAAAGAUUUCCAAGGUUACGAGAAGCAACAAGCAGCAAGGUCUGGUCAGGAACGACAAAUGUUGUUACCAGAAAUUGACUGAGACUGGAAACCCUGCUUAAGAAAGCUGGAGCUGGCUGGUUCUCAUUAGGAGCUGGUUCUCAUUAGGAGCAAGAAGGCUGAUUGGCAGCAGGUGGAGUUCCUUCACCUUCUGCUCCUUCAGGCUGCUGUUCAGCAGGUGAAGCUGACUUGUGGCCCAUGACAAUAUCCCAAACACUGUAAGGUGACUCUGCAUCUCUUCUCGGCAAUGAGUAAACAUUGGUGUGCCAAGCUGCCCUGAAAUAUCUAUGCACUAUUGACAAGAGGUUGGUCUCUGAGGCUGUGUCAUGGAGGUCAGAGCACUCUCUGCCAUUGGCAUGCAAAUAACAAAAAUGCCUUUUAGUUAUUUGUGUCUGUAUGAUAAUGGAGAACUUUGCAACACUCAGGGAGUGUCAUUUUGCCUGGAAAACAGUUUUGUCUCUUUAUAUAUGGCAACCAUAUUUUUGGAGAGAUGGGGAGAUAUUGAAAAAGCUCAAAAGAAGAUGGAGAGACACUUGUAACAAUCUAAAGCUUUGCCAUAUGUCCCAUUGCUUCCAAAUAAAUAUAGUCAAUAUUGAACUUCAAGACAUAUUUACCAUGAUGUAUCUUGUUGAACUUCAUUUAACGUUCACACAACACACUUAAAUGGGGUUGCCAUAUUUCAAAAAGUGGAAAUCAUUGCCAAAAUUGCAAAGAAAAAUGAAAAAAUGUUUUUAAGCUAUUUUAAAGGAAAAUAGGCAAAAACGGCACUGCCAACAUGGUUGCCAUAUGUCCGAAUUUAUCCGGACAUUUUUCCGAUUUCCGCCUGGACACUGCUUCUGACUGCGGUAUUCCGGGUAGUUCUGGGAAAUUCUGGCUGUAUGCCAACCCUAACUUAAAGCAGCAUGAUGCUGCUUUAAAUGAUUACGGCUUCCAUCGAAUAAUUAUGGGACCCUGUAUAAAUAAUAUAUACGCUGUUGAAGAGACCUUGCUUCCAGCCAUCUUGAAAAUGGGUGCAACUUGAGUUUGACUUUGAACUUGAAGCUAUAUCAUGUGUGUUCUGAAGGCACGAACCAAGCUUUUUUCUUUUCUUUUGCAAAAAAAUAUCCAAAAAGAAGAAAUUGUAAAGUUGUUGUGUGUUAUUUUUGAAAAUGGCCCAAAAAUACAAUGCUUCUGAUCAUAGCUGUCAAGUUUCCCCUUUUCUUGCAAGGAAUCCUAAUGUCAGCGUACUGGAAGAAGCAAAGAUCACCAGUGCCAAAGCAAUGAUUCUUCAACAUCAACUUAACUGGACUGGUCAUGCUGUUUGGAUGCCUGAUUAUCAUCUUCCAAAGCAACUACUCUAUUCCGAACUUUAAAAUGGAAAGUGUAAUGCUGGUGGUCAGCAAAAGAGGUUAAAAAGACUCUCUCAAGGCAAAUCUUUAAAAAAUUUAGCAUAAACACCGACAAUUGGGAAACACUGGCCUGAGAGCGCUCCAAUUGUUAAACAGCUUUUACCAAAGGUGUCAUGGGCUUUGAAGACACUCGAACUCAGGAUGAAAGGGAGAAAUGUGCUAAGAGGAAGGCAUGUUUGGCAAACCCUCACCGUGAUAAACCCCCACUCAGAAACCUAUGUCCCCACUGUGGAAGGAUGUGUGGAUCCAGAAUUGGCCUCCACAGUCACUUACGGACUCACUGUUAAAACGUUGUUCAUGGAAGACAAUCUUACUCGGCUAUGAGAGAUUGCCAGAGGAGAAGAAGAAGCUACCUGAGAGUGGGUGUGCUCAGAGCCUUAAGGCAACAUGAAGCCCGGACAGUCCAGACUGACCAGUCCUGGCCUUCUGACCUUACGUGGUCAACAGAGCAGGAACACCUACCUGUGGCAUUUCCAGGCUUUCCUCUGGCUCGAGAACAUAGGCUCCAGUUUGGGAUUUGGGCAUGUCUGUCCCUGGCCUGCCUCUGGCAAUGAGCUGAGAUCUGCAUGUUCAUUUGCUGUAAUUUCCUAUCUGCUUUUUGGCUUGCCAUGUUUCAUUCCUGUUCUUCACUGUUCUAACGCCAAUCUCUGUGUACUCGACAAUUGCAAUUAAUUUACGAGGGAAUUAUUCUCUCUCUCUCUCUCUCUCUCUCUCUCUCUCUCUCUCUCUCUCUCUCUCUCUCUCUCUCCUUAUUUUCAAGUCUUGCGCAAUUCCCGGAUUUAAAAAGGUCUGUUCGUAUUGGUAACUGCUGGGGAGUACCUUGUCCGCUCAAAUGCUUUCACUGUGUUAGUGCCAGUUUCUGCUCUCAUCCUUCUGUAAUUGUUAACUUGAAUGGAAUGCAAAAACUCUGGUUUGGGGCUAGUAGAACUUUAACUUUUGGUAGAUGGUGAAAAGCAGGAAUGGAGGGAGGUAGACUUUUUCUGCUCGAAAGGUACUUUGAAUGAUCAGGACAUAAUGACAGCUGAAGACUCCGCUGCCAGGAUGAGUAACGAUUCUUCCAAUAUGCAGUCAAAUAAGGUCCCCGAAGGUGUGGCCGGUGCACCGAACGAAGCUGCGCUUCUGCAACUAAUAGAACGUACGGGUUAUGCCAUGGUGCAAGAGAACGGGCAGCGCAAGUAUGGUGGACCCCCACCGGGGUGGGAAGGGCUUCAUCCUCCCCGUGGAUGCGAAGUCUUUGUGGGCAAAAUCCCUCGUGACGUCUACGAGGAUGAGUUAGUGCCCGUCUUCGAAACCGCGGGGAGAAUCUACGAAAUGCGCCUGAUGAUGGACUUUGACGGGAAAAACCGUGGCUACGCCUUUGUGAUGUACACCCAAAAGUACGAAGCCAAGCGUGCCGUCAAAGAGCUGAACAACUACGAAAUCCGUCCAGGGAGGCUGUUAGGGGUGUGCUGUAGCGUGGACAACUGUAGGCUGUUCAUCGGAGGGAUCCCCAAAAUGAAAAAGAGAGAAGAAAUUCUAGAAGAGAUCUCCAAGGUGACGGAAGGUGUGCUCGAUGUCAUUGUGUACGCCAGCGCAGCGGAUAAGAUGAAAAACAGAGGUUUUGCCUUUGUGGAGUACGAAAGCCACAGGGCAGCCGCGAUGGCGAGGAGGAAACUGAUGCCUGGCAGAAUCCAGCUUUGGGGUCACCAGAUUGCAGUUGACUGGGCCGAGCCGGAAAUUGAUGUCGAUGAAGAUGUCAUGGAGACGGUCAAAAUCCUGUAUGUGAGGAAUUUGAUGAUUGAAACCACCGAGGAUACAAUUAAAAAAGUGUUUGGGCAAUUCAACCCCGGAUGUGUGGAACGGGUUAAAAAAAUACGAGAUUAUGCCUUUGUACACUUCACGAGUCGGGAAGAUGCUGUUCAUGCCAUGAAUAACCUCAACGGAACUGAACUCGAAGGGUCGUGCCUGGAAGUUACCUUAGCCAAGCCGGUAGACAAGGAACAGUACACCCGCUACCAGAAGGCAGCGAAAGGAGGAGCAACAACUGAAGUCACUCAGCAGCCAAACUACGUUUACUCAUGUGAUCCGUACACCCUGGCAUAUUAUGGAUAUCCGUAUAAUGCUCUGAUUGGCCCAAAUCGAGAAUAUUUUGUGAAAGGCAGCGUUCGAGGCAGAGGACGAGGUGCAGCAGGGAACAGACUCCCCGGCCCGAGAGGCUCAUACCUGGGGGGCUAUUCUGCAGGCCGCGGCAUAUAUAGCCGAUACCAUGAAGGGAAAGGGAAACAGCAAGAAAAAGGAUACGAACUUGUGCCCAAUUUGGAAUUGUCUGCUGUCAACCCCGUGGCCAUUAAACCCGGCACUGUGGCUAUCCCAACUAUUGGUACCCAAUAUUCCGUGUUUCAAGCAGCGCCAACAGCAAAGAUGAUUGAAGAUGGGAAAAUCCAUGCCGUUGAGCAUAUCAUCAGCCCCAUUGCUGUUCAGCAUGAUCCUGCUAGUGCAGCAGCAGCAGCAGCCGCCGCCGUAUUACCUUCAGUUUCAACCCCUCCUCCUUUUCAGGGCCGGCCCUUAACUCCCGUGUACACGAUGGCUCCCAACGUGCAGAGAAUCCCAGCUGCGGGAAUUUAUGGCGCAAGUUAUGUUCCCUUCGCUGCCCCAGCCACAGCGACGAUAGCCACACUACAAAAGAAUGCGGCUGCUGCAGCCGCUGCGGCCGCUUACGGCGGCUAUGCCAGUUAUAUCCCUCAGGCAUUUCCAGCUGCAACAUUUCAGGUUCCAAUCCAUGAUGUUUAUCAAACCUAUUGAAACAGCUGGCCAUUUUUUUGGGGGGGGGGUCUGGGGCGGGGCGGGGCGGGAUUGCAUUGAAGGAACAUUUUACUAUUUAUGAAGAAAGAACCUACUGCGGAUGACUACUUUUGGAUGCCAGAAAACUGCUGAUAAAACCUGGAAGUGAAGUUCAUAUCAACGGUAUCAUCGAGUUUGAAAUCUUUUAUACAUAUGAAGUUUUUACUAACUUUUUAGGCUGUUUUUUAAAAAAAUUAAUAUUCCUGUAUUCCUACAUUUCUAAAACGGCUCGUUUUUCCAAUGCCCAUUCUUCUAUGCAGGUUUAUUACACAGCGGUAGGUUUUUAGCAAUUAUUUUCACCAUAUUUGUGGUAUGAAGGUUAUUUUUUAGUAAGUUCUGCACUCCAGAGAUUUCUAUUUUGUAGUGCCUUUAAUAAUAUAGCAACUAAAUAUUGAAAAGGCGCAUCUGAGCAGCUAGGGAAAAGUUUUUAAACAAUAUAUUUUGUCAAUAUAUUCAUAUUUAAAGAAUACAUGCAAUAGUUUUUUUUAAAGAAAGAAAUUAUAUACAAACGUGUGUCUUAUUUAAAAAGUUAAACUGGAAAGUGCAAUUUGAAAGUGACUGAGACCUCUGCAUUACGUCCUGGCAUUUGUAUGGUUUCUUAUCUGGAGCCACAACGAAGCCCCUCUUUGUUGAUUUAAAGAUGCACCCAUGAAUUAGCUCGUGUUAUACUACGCUUAAUUUUGAGAAUAACCUGUUCCAUAGAGCCACCUUAGAUAUUUAUCAGCAUUCUUUAAUAUUUUCCAGGCUCCGAGCAUAAGCAAGAAGCAAGUCUGUUAUAUUUCAUGGAGGAAAAAUAUUCCAAUUUGCUCAUUUACUACCAAAGCAGUUGCCCUAGGAUUUUUAUUUUUGAGGGUUUAUGGAACCCUACGACAUCACUGCACAUGUGAGUAGUAUGUCGAUUGCUCCCAACCCUAUCUGCAAACUUCAUGAGAAAGUAGGCCUUCAGAUGUCAUGAAACCAAGCUCUCUUGUGGGAGGAACUGUUUCUCAGUGGCUUUGCAUGCAGGAAACCUCACGUUCAGUCCCUGGCAUCUACACAAAACGGAUUGGGUAGCAAGUGACCUCCACUGCCAGUCCAUAGUAGUCUAUACCAGCCUGACUAUACCAGCAAGACAGCUUCCUUGGUUUCUGUCUUGUAGCAACUGUACCUUGGUUUCAUUUAUACAAGCACAGAAACCAUGGUUAAACUUUGUGGUAGAGUUAGUUGGCACCCAAGAAUCAGUGGGUGUAGGUCUUGUAUCCCAAGGUGCAAAUGGCAGCGUUUAUUCUAGAUACACAUAUUCUGUGCCUUUAACGUCCAUUUUUUUAAAAGAAGGUUAAGCCAAAGCUUGAAUCUAAGAGAGAAUGAACUAAAGGGCUGUUUGUCUCAGGAUGUGAAUACCGGCUGUUUUGCCCCUGAGUCAAGAGGUUUUUAAUAUCUUUCUCAGAUUUUUUUAGACAUGGUAUUCGACUCGUGACCAGUGGCCUUCGAUGCCCGCUUUCAUAGUCUCAACUUUGGAUAACUUUUUGUUUGUCCCAAAUCCUUACCAAUUUGACCUCUUUGGGUUGGCUGAAUUUUGGCCUCACACAAGGCACCGCUGAAAUUUGAAAUUGCCCCGCUGCCAUACACAAGUGGUCCGUGUAAGAGGGUAAAAGUAACUGUCUGUGGUGGCACUUUUGCAUCAAACCCAAACAAGUCAGGAUUCCCUGAUGAGGAAAUAUCAAUUCUGCACCAACGCAAGUCAACCUUUGUGACCUACACGAAAAAUCUAGUCCUUAGGAAAGUUGAGGAGCUAUGUAGGGCAUUGAAGUGCCCCAGCUUUCAUCCCCACAACCGCUGGGAGUCUUAUUCAACCACCUCUAUGACACUAGACUUUCAAUCUUCAUGCUUUUCAUGUGAACUAAAGUCCCCCCUUU